CCCCUCGCGAUCUCAAGAAGGCCCAAAGACCCAAUCAUGCAACAAGCGAUCCCUUACGAGCCGUCGCCCUUCCCGGUCCGCGGCCGCGGCGGCGGCGGCGCAGGCUCCCUGAACCGCCGCCGAUCGCUCCUCCUGAACCCGAGCUUCGCGGCGGCCGGCGGCGGAGGCGAGCAGCAGAGGCUGCGGGGGGAGGAGGAGCUGGAGGAGCUCGCGGGCGUCCGCGAGGGGACGCGGCGCGCGGUGGCGGAGAGCGCGGUGGUGGUGUUCGGGAAGCGGGGCUGCUGCAUGAGCCACGUGGUGAAGCGGCUGCUGCACGGGCACGGGGCGAACCCGGCGGCCCGCGAGUUCGGGGACGAGGAGGAGGCCGCCGUGGUGGGGGAGCUGGAGCGGAUCGCCGGCGGCGGGGGAGGCGGGGUGCAGCUCCCGGCGGUGUUCAUCGGGGGGCGGCUGUUCGGGGGGCUGGACCGGGUGAUGACGGCUCACAUCACCGGGGAGCUGGUGCCGGCGCUGAAGGACGCCGGAGCUCUGUGGCUCUGACGGGUCCCCGAUGAAAAGGAUUCAAUUGCUUCAUUUUUU